AUGUCUGAUGUCAGGGGAGCCUAUUCUUUGCGAUGCAAUAAGUCGGCAUUCUCCGUGUUCCACACGUGGGAAUCAGCCGGCUGUCCGUCGGCGCUCAGAUCAAGCUCCCGACCAGCAGCACCGGGCGGCUCGCCCCCAGCCAGCCUCCACCGGACAAAGUUCUCCAGCGGGGCGGGUCACCUGUGGCCCCGUCAGGACGUGACCGAUUGCUUCCGGGGGAGCGCCUGGGCCGGCGGGGAGUGGACAGGUGUGGUGACCCCACCCCCAGGCCGCCCCGAGGAGGGAUUGCAGCUCGGGGUCCUCCGCCUGUGUUCUCGAAACCCCACACCGACUAGACUGAGCGGGGGAGCGGAGGAAGCAAGCGGAACAGUCAGCACGGGAUACCUUUGGCGGGGCUCGCGCCGACGGAAGCAGCCCUCGCGCACGCGCGCGCACGGACGUACGCAGGGGCGCGCGCGCACGCACGCACGCGUCCCGCCCGAGGCGGCGUCAGCCUCGGGAGCUCCCGGGUCCACGUCAGCUGUGGCCCGAGUGACUGGCAGACACCGUCCCCGCCUCGCCUCGCCUCGCCUCGCCUCGCCUCGCCUCCCCUCGCUUCGGGGGACGCCGCCUCUCCCGGCCGACCCCACCCCUUCCGAGGUGUCGUCCCUGCUCGUCCCGGCUCGUCCCGGCCAACCGCUGGCCGCUAGCCGCUGGCCUCUGGCCCGACCGCACCUUCCCUGCGACAGCGCAGCCAGCUGCCCGCCCCUUCCCGGGCGGCGGUGGCCACGCCGCGGAGCGCCUGCUCAGUGCAGGACGCGGCGCGCGAGGGGCGGCGUCCGCCUCAGGCGCUCCAGCAUGGCGGCGACAGCCUCGCCGCGGGUCAGCUCCUCAGCCUCGGCGUCCCCGGCCGUGGCCGAGCUCUGCCAGAACACCCCAGAGACCUUUCUGGAGGCCUCCAAGCUGCUGCUCACCUACGCUGAUAACAUCCUCAGAAACCCUAAUGAUGAAAAAUACAGAUCUAUCCGGAUUGGAAAUGCAGCUUUUUCUACUAGACUCUUGCCUGUCAGGGGAGCUGUAGAGUGUUUAUUUGAAAUGGGUUUUGAAGAGGGAGAAACACAUCUCAUCUUUCCUGAAAAAGCUUCAGUGGAACAGCUGCAAAAAAUUCGGGACUUGAUUGCCCUCGAGAGAAGCAGCAGACUGGAUGGGUCCAGUCGGAGCCAAGAGGCAGAGUCCUCUCCGCAGCUUGCAGCCAGCCCCCCGCUGCCUGGGCCACAGUCAUCCAGCCCCGCCGAGGCAAGCCGGAGUGCCGGAAACCAGCAAGGGCCACCCUCCAACCCACCAGCGAUGCCAAUGGCUGUGGCUGAUUCGACUAUUCUAAAAAUUCUGGAGUCUACGAUCCAGCAUGUGCUGCUCUAUGAAAACCUUGCUCUGCAGGAGAAAGCGUUGGCUUGUAUUCCAGUCCAGGAAUUAAAAAGGAAAUCGCAAGAGAAGUUAUCUAGAGCUAGAAAACUGGAUCAAGGUACUAAUGCAAGUGAGGAGGACUUUCUUUUGCUGGAGCUUUUGCACUGGUUUAAAGAGGAGUUUUUUCACUGGGUGAAUAAUGUUUCAUGCUCUAAAUGUGGUGGAGAGACGAGACCUAGAGGUUCAACAUUAGUGCCUAACGAGGACGAGUUGAGGUGGGAUGCAACAAGAGUAGAAGAUCAUUACUGUGACGCAUGCCAGUUCAGCAAUCGAUUCCCAAGGUAUAACAACCCCGAGAAGCUUUUGGAAACCAGAUGUGGGCGAUGUGGCGAGUGGGCCAAUUGUUUUACGCUGUGCUGCCGAGCUUUGGGGUUUGAAGCUCGCUAUGUUUGGGAUUAUACAGACCAUGUGUGGACUGAAGUCUACUCCUGUUCGCAGCAGCGCUGGUUGCACUGCGAUGCGUGUGAGGAUGUGUGCGACAAACCACUGCUCUAUGAAAUAGGCUGGGGCAAGAAGCUUUCUUACGUGCUGGCAUUUUCUAAAGAUGAGGUAGUGGAUGUGACUUGGCGCUAUUCUUGUAAACAUGCAGAGGUAAUUUCCAGAAGAACUAAGAUUAAAGAAGACAUCCUUCGAGAAACUAUUAAUGGGCUUAAUAAGCAGAGGCAACUAUCUUUAUCAGAAAACAGAAGAAAAGAACUUCUCCAUAGAAUAAUUGUAGAACUUGUGGAAUUUAUAUCUCCCAAGACCCCUAAACCUGGAGAACUCGGCGGAAGAGUGUCUGGGUCAGUCGCUUGGAGGGUAGCCCGAGGUGAAAUGGGUCUAGAGAGAAAAGAAACCCUGUUCAUCCCCUCUGAAAAUGAGAAGAUUUCUAAACAGCUCCAUCUUUGCUAUAAUAUUGUGAAAAAUAGCUAUGUCCGAGUUUCCAAUAACAAUGAGAUUAUUCCUGGAUGGGAGAAUGGUGUGUGGAAAACGGAAUCCAUAUUCAGAAAAGUGGAGACAGACUGGCACAUGGUCUAUUUAGCAAGAAGGGAAGGAUCAUCUUCUGCAUAUAUUUCCUGGAAGUUUGAGUGUGGAUCAGUUGGCCUGAAAAUAGACAGUAUCUCCAUCAAAACAAGUAGUGAAACCUUCCAUACUGGAUCAGUGCAGUGGAAACUGCGGUCUGAUGCCACGCAGGUAGACGUGGCAGGCGAUAAAAAUAUUCACUCCUAUGAUGAUUUUUCUGAUGCCACUGAAGUUAUUUUGGAAGCAGAAUUAACUGGAGGAGAUGGUGAGGUUGCUUGGCAACAUACCCAGCUGUUUAGACAAAGCUCAAAUGACCAUGAAGAAGACUGUUUGGAGAUCAUUAUAAAAUUCAAUGACCUUUAAGAACCUGAAUAUUAUAAAAGAGCUGGCAUAAUCAAGAACUUACCAUGGUCUACAGUAGUCUGUGGGUUCAGUGCAUGCUUAGUUGGCAAUUUACUACUCUGCACCAGCAUAUAUUUUUGGUGUGGCCAUUUAUCAUGUGACCCUCAUUAAAAUAUAUCUUUAUACUGUGGGCCAUAACGAAAUCUUGAAUUAAAAACUCCCCUCCAUAUGUGACUGUUAUUUGAAAUAAAGUGCUGUUGCCUUCAGAAGAAGUUUAAAGACUGUAAGUACAAUUAUAAAAGUAAAAUGGCGGUAUACAUUAUUAAGUGCUAUUCAUGAUUAUGAUAAAAUCAUGGCCUAAUGAGAAUAACCUCAUGCUUAUUGAGCAGCCAUUAAUUUCUUCAUUAAUGGUUGGAUUAUAUUUUCCUGAGAUUUUAAAUUUUUAAUAAAAGUGAAAAUAUCUCUUAAGUUAUAUGAUGCAUGAAAUUUUUAUCACUGUAUAUAUGUAGACAUUUAAGAAAUAAAAUGAAUUAUUUUCGCUUAUAACUUUUUAAUGGUUAUGCUGACUAAAUACAGAUCUUUGGUAAGUAUGUGCUAUCCACGGAAAGACACUUGAAUAGACAAGAGUAAUGAAAACAUAAAUUCAGAAUUGUAAAUUCCAUUGAUAUAUGAAUAUUUGAGUAUGAUUUAGCUUUGAGUUCUAUUUUUAACUACCUCACUGAAUAAAAUAUUCUUCACUUUAA